ACCUCCCUAUAUUAAUACAGAUAUGAAUAACAAUGAAACUAUCUAAAUUCUAUAAAAUACUCGUUAUGCUACGCUCCACAACAGUGAAAGCGAAGCUUUCGUAGCGCGUCCUCUGGUGAGAGAUUGACUUUAUGAUAUACGUCUUUUGUGACGUUGUGAAGAGGAAGCCCUAAACGUCACGUUAAAAGAAAAAACUGACGUCACAGUAGUUACCCAAGGAGCACGGUACAUAUCAGGGACACGUUUAUUUGAAUAUUCAGCAUGGCGUCGGCAGACAAGCAGUACUGGCGUAAAAAACUACCACCAGGAUUUCAACGAUGCAUGGAAAAUUUAGGGAGAAGCAUUAUUUGCAAUAAACCGGAAAAUAUAUUGGAAUAUGCUGCAUGGUAUCUGGAAAAGAAACUAAAUGAGAGAAAUGCUGCGUUGAAGAAUUUACCGAAUGUGUCUUAUCUGCAGAAAUUAAAACAGAAAAGGUUUGGGAACAAACCCUCAAGAGCAACACGUCGUUCGAUAUCCAAAGACGACGCCGAAGGUGAGUUGAUUGUAAAGAUAGAAGAAACAAACAUAAUGGCGGCAAGCGCACAUACUCUACCGGUGACAAAGUCUGAGACAAAACAUAGCAGGGCAAAAUCAGUGGAGGAAUUUGUUUCUCUCACUCUUCAGGGGACAACUAGCGAUAAGAGCGGAGCAGACACCCCUGUAGAAGUCACGAACACCACAGCUAAAACCCUUCAAACCAACCAUGAUAAAUUAACAAAUGAUGCCCUUAGACUAGCUACCGGGGAAAAUUCAGAAAGCAUGGGCCAGGAGGAUGCCCACGAAUCUCAUGAACACACUUUGUUGAUUGAAUCCGACAAGCAUUCAGAAUCGGAGCAGGGUUUGAAUGAGUCACAGACAACAGGAGAAAACGAAGCGGCUUUAGGGGACUCCAAGGAAAGAAUGUUAGAGAAACCCAGAGCAGAGACACCAGAGAGUCAAGAAGCCACAGAUCAACACCACGGCGAAAAUAAAAUUGAGGAAGCGGAGGCAUUAGAAGUUAAGGAAGAGUGCGAUUCAGAACCUGCAGUAAUUGUGUCUGGAAGGAUUCACAUCGAUGACGGGAACCAAGGGGCACACAAACAGGCGGCAGAAACAUGUACAGAUAACAAGGAGAAAGCCUCUGGUGAACACGGGGAAAGCGAUGUGGAACGUGUCGAAGAUACUGCAAAUAUUGGAAAUGGUCAGGAAAUCACAGAACAACAAUCCAAAGAAAAGCAGAUACAAGAAGCAGACGAUGCAGUUACAGAAGACGCUAAACAACACAUGGAAAGAGAAGACGUUAAGUCUACAUCGGAGGGAUCAGCUGAAAUGGGUGAAUCAAAACAACAAUCAGAAGAAUCAGACAUAAUUAAAGGAAAACAAGCAGAAACAGUGACGGCUGCUGAUAAAGAAACAACUGAUGAAACAUCAGAUUCCUCUAAAGCAACAAUGGGGAACACUGAAACAUCACAGGAAAAUGAUCAAACGGAGGGAGCAUCGGGGAUCAACACUAGCGACGAAGAGCAUAAACAGACAGCAAACGAUACACUGAUGGAUGCAGAUGAUUCAAAGGAGAGUCCAGACGAUUCCAAACAACACGCAGAAGAAUCCAUGCAACACUCGGAAGAACCGGAAGUCGAGUCUGCUGUCGACGAACAAGCAAAGCAAACAUCUGAAUCAAAAGAACAUAUAGGGGGGUCGGACAUGCACAAAGUGGAACCAGUAGAAGGGGUCACGACUGAUACCACACAAGAAGGAUUUGCAGCUACAGAAGAUUCAAAGGAAGUUCCAGAUAUAUCCGAACACGAGAAAGCGGACAAGGAGACCGCUAAUAACGCUGAACUAGUAGGAGUAGCUGAUGAAACGAUGGGAGAGACCGAGACAUCGGGGGGAAAUACUCAGACGGAGAAUUCAUCGGAAAUUGUUCCUUCCAAAGUGGACGAAACAAAACCAGUAAAUGAUGCAACCGUAGAAGAUUCACGGGAAAGCGUACAUGAUUCCCAACACGCAGAAGAACCUGCAAAAGAUAAAGAUGGACAAGAAACAGAUUCUACUAAAGAGGAGCCAGUAACGCAGACAAAUGAUGAACCAACCCAACAGGCAGAGGAUUCAGGGGAAGACGAGCUAAAAGAAACAAAGAGCAGUGAGAAAACGGAUACGUGGUCUGGCACUGAAAAGCCAGAAACCACUAAGGAAACGGCGGGUAAUACCGAGGCAUCCGGGGAAAAUAAAACUGAACUCUCGGGAAAGGCAGUGGAAACAUCAAAGCAAAUGGAGGAGGCGUCGGGGAUCAACGCGUUCAAAGAGGAAGUAAACGAAGAAAGAUCGGGGUCCCCGGAGAAAGAAGAUGUCAAGCCUGAAGGGUCGGUAAAAGUCCCCGUGGAAUCUAAAGGGGAGACAGAAGCUGAAACCGCGGAAAUUCCCGAAACAGAAACUCCGGAAAAAACCUCACAGGAUAACCCAACAAAGGUGGAAUCUCCGCCAAAGGAAAACAGCACCAUGAAUGUGGGGGAAAAUCCGUAAUCCUUCCGACAACUAAUUGAUUAAGAUUGCCACUGGCUUUAUAAACCAUUUAUUGUACUGCACUGCACGAAAGUCGACUAGUAUCAAGGAGAAAAUAAUUUUUAUCGUCUUUACAUGAAUUGAUGUCGUAAUUAAUUUUCUCUUUUUUUAUGUAGUAAUAUCUUGUAGUCAACAAGAAAAGAAAAAAAAGAGUUGGAAAAAAGUGAUAAUUAUUACGUAAACGUACCAUAGGCUGUUCUAUACAACGAGGAUUUCCGUCUCUUGCAUCAUCUGAUCACUGGUGCCUGAGGACAGGAUUUCCGUCUCUUGCAUCAUCUGAUCACUGGUGCCUGAGGACAGGAUUUCCUUUCCCCACUGUUCCGUAAUCCACAUAUAUCAUUUUACAUAAUAUAUUACUAACAUUCAAAUUGUAUUAAAAAUAUGUGAGGAAAAAAUAUCCUUGAUCCGCUCUUUGAUUAUAUCCGCCGUAUAUAAAGGCAUCCAUUAAGAAAUAGAUCUCUUUUACAUCUAUAGUAAAAUAUUAAUACUUAGACUGUUGAAAAUAGGCCUCAAGACCAUAAACUGAGAAUAGUUUGAUUACUGCUAUCUUAAGAUUUAUCUAGAAACUGCUGGUUUAUAAAAAUAAAAUCAAAUACAAACAUAUACUGACAAUUUUAUUUGCUUUUGAAAAUUUUGUCAUAGGUUAGCUGGAUUUGAAAUAUAGUCUAUUCUCAGGUUAUGAUCUUGAGAAUGCAUAUUAAAGCUUUAUGUGAAAAGGGGGUAUCUUAUUAGGAUUGAUCCACCCACUGAGCUGAUCCGCCGUAUAUAAUUCAACAUAAUUCAUUCAUUACUCGGACGGAUCAAGGAAUUUGGGUUAUUACUCGGAUAGAUCAAGGAAUUUAGAUUAAUAAUAAUUAAAUUUUUUGUGGGGUGGGGGGGGGGGGGGGGGGGGGGGGGGCGUCGUCCAGCACCUAUGCAAUUAAUGAGCAAUUAUUCAUAUAGUUUUAAUCAUUUGUUUCCGCACAUCGAUUAUUUAUUCAGAAAAUGGACAUAAAUUGAUUAAAACAUGUAUGCACUAAAAUAUACCGGAAAAGCGAAUUUUUAUUUAAUACAUCGAUAAAAUCUCGUAUUAGUGCGAUCUUUUCUCGUUAUUACAAGAAAAUUAAUUAUCCGAAAAUUAACUCAUCAGAUCGUAGGAUAUUUUGUGAAUACGGAUGCCCAGCAAUUUAAAUGGAGACAGUUGAGUUGAAAAUUUUAUUUUUCCAUUCUUAUUGUUUACAGUGCUUAACUAACGUAUUUCUAAUGGUCAACCAAAAUUUUGAUAUCAGUUUUUGUUAGAUACGGCACUCACAAUUCUUUGUUAUGUAAACACGGCUCGUGCCAUGUUUUUGUUUACAUAUAGAUUGCUUGAUAGAAAAUAACAUGUUUAAAACAAAAUGAGAUGUGCUAAACAUUAGAAACUAUUAAAUUAUGUUCAGAAUUAACUUGUAAAUUGAAAAAUCGGCUUUAAACGAUCUUUUACUGGUAUAUCUAGCGUAUAUAUGUAAACAAAAACAGGACACGAGCCUUGUUUACACAACAAAGAAUUGUGAGCUCUGUAUCUCUCUUGUAACUC